GGGGCCGUGCCGGAGCCGGGCGCCGGCUGCUGAGGGAGCCGCAGCCACCCGCGUGCGGCACGCGCCGGCCGCCUGCCCCGAGCGCGGCCGCCAGCGCCGCGGCCUCUCCACUCCCGCCUCGCCGAGCCGCGCGCGCGACUGCCAUCCUCCUCAAUUGCUUUUUACGAUUUUUUUGUGCAUGCAUUCAUUUUCUGUUCCGUUUUGUCCUUUUUGAGGCGGUGGCGGCGGCGACAGCGGCGUAAGCUCGCAGCGGGGAGGGGGCGGCCGGAGGAUGCGGCGCGGGGCUGCGCUCGCUACGCCCGCUGCUGCUGCCCGGCUCGGGCCUGAGCGCCGAGCAGGAUCCCAAGUGAUGGUGGUUUCCUUGGAGGGCGAGCUGAGCCCUGCGCGACUGGUUAGCACGGUGGAGCUAGUAGCCGUGCCUGCUGGCUGGUGUGCAUGAACGGGUGUGAACCGCAGGAUCUCACCACCUUGACCCAAGAGGAAGCAUGUCGAAGAAAGGCCGGAGCAAGGGCGAGAAGCCCGAGAUGGAGACGGACCCGGUGCAGAUGGCCAACGAGGAGCUGCGGGCCAAGUUGACCAGCAUUCAGAUCGAGUUCCAGCAGGAAAGGAGCAAGGUGGGCAAACUGCGCGAGCGGCUGCAGGAGGCGAAGCUGGAGCGCGAGCAGGAGCAGCGGCGGCACACGGCCUACAUUUCCGAGCUCAAGGCCAAGCUGCACGAGGAGAAGACCAAGGAGCUGCAGGCGCUGCGCGAGGGGCUCAUCAGGCAGCACGAGCAGGAGGCGGCGCGCACGGCCAAGAUCAAGGAGGGUGAGCUGCAGCGGCUGCAGGCCACGCUGAAUGUGCUGCGCGACGGCGCGGCCGACAAGGUCAAGACCGCGCUGCUGACCGAGGCGCGCGAGGAGGCGCGCAGGGCCUUCGAUGGAGAGCGCCUGCGGCUGCAGCAGGAGAUCCUGGAGCUCAAGGCCGCGCGCAAGCAGGCGGAGGAGGCGCUCAGCAACUGCAUGCAGGCCGACAAGACCAAGGCAGCCGACCUGCGCGCCGCCUACCAGGCGCACCAAGACGAGGUGCACCGCAUCAAGCGCGAGUGCGAGCGCGACAUCCGAAGGCUGAUGGAUGAGAUCAAAGGGAAAGACCGUGUGAUUUUGGCCUUGGAGAAGGAACUUGGCGUGCAGGCUGGGCAGACCCAGAAGCUGCUUCUGCAGAAAGAGGCUUUGGAUGAGCAGCUGGUUCAGGUCAAGGAGGCCGAGCGGCACCACAGUAGCCCAAAGAGGGAGCUCCCGCCCGGGAUCGGAGACAUGGUGGAGCUCAUGGGCACCCAGGAUCAACAUAUGGAUGAACGAGAUGUGAGGCGAUUUCAACUAAAAAUUGCUGAACUGAAUUCAGUGAUACGGAAGCUGGAAGACAGAAAUACGCUAUUGGCAGAUGAGAGGAAUGAACUGUUGAAACGCUCGCGAGAGACUGAGGUUCAGCUGAAGCCUCUGGUGGAGAAGAACAAGAGGAUGAACAAGAAGAAUGAGGAUUUGUUGCAGAGUAUACAGAGGAUGGAGGAGAAAAUUAAGAACCUCACGCGGGAAAAUGUGGAAAUGAAAGAAAAGCUGUCGGCGCAGGCGUCUCUGAAGCGGCACACCUCCCUGAACGACCUCAGCCUGACCAGGGAUGAGCAGGAGAUCGAGUUCCUGAGGCUGCAGGUGCUGGAGCAGCAGCACGUCAUUGACGACCUCUCACUGGAGAGAGAACGGCUGUUGCGCUCCAAAAGGCAUCGAGGGAAAAGUCUGAAACCGCCCAAGAAGCAUGUUGUGGAGACAUUUUUUGGAUUUGAUGAGGAGUCUGUGGACUCAGAAACGUUGUCCGAAACAUCCUAUAACACAGACAGGACGGACAGGACCCCAGCCACGCCUGAAGAAGACUUGGACGAUACCACAGCCCGAGAAGAGGCUGACCUGCGCUUCUGCCAGCUGACCCGGGAGUACCAGGCCCUGCAACGUGCCUAUGCUCUGCUCCAGGAGCAGGUUGGGGGCACGCUGGACGCAGAGAGGGAGGCCCGGACUCGGGAGCAGCUACAAGCUGAUCUGCUGAGGUGUCAGGCCAAAAUCGAAGAUUUAGAGAAGUUGCUGGUUGAGAAGGGACAGGAUUCCAAGUGGGUCGAAGAGAAACAGCUGCUCAUCAGAACAAACCAAGACUUGCUGGAAAAGAUUUACAGACUGGAAAUGGAAGAGAACCAGCUGAAGAACGAAAUGCAAGAUGCCAAGGAUCAGAACGAGCUGUUAGAAUUCAGAGUGCUAGAACUCGAAGAGAGAGAGAGGAGGUCGCCAGCAUUUAACCUCCAAAUCACCACCUUCCCCGAGAACAACAGCAGUGCUCUCCAGCUGUUCUGUCACCAGGAAGGAGUUAAGGAUGUGAAUGUUUCUGAACUUAUGAAGAAAUUAGAUAUCCUUGGCGAUAACGGGAAUUUGAGAAAUGAAGAACAGGUUGCAAUAAUCCAAGCUGGAACUGUGCUUGCCCUGUGUGAAAAGUGGCUGAAGCAAAUAGAGGGGACUGAGGCCGCCCUGACCCAGAAGAUGCUGGACCUGGAGAAGGAGAAGGACCUGUUCAGCAGGCAGAAGGGCUACCUGGAAGAGGAGCUCGACUACCGGAAGCAAGCCCUUGACCAGGCUUACCUGAAAAUCCAAGACCUGGAGGCCACACUGUACACAGCGCUGCAGCAGGAGCCGGGGCGGAGGGCCGGUGAGGCGCUGAGCGAGGGCCAGCGGGAGGACCUGCAGGCUGCGGUGGAGAAGGUGCGCAGGCAGAUCCUCAGGCAGAGCCGAGAGUUUGACAGCCAGAUCCUGCGGGAGCGCAUGGAGCUACUACAGCAGGCCCAGCAGAGAAUCCGGGAACUGGAGGACAAACUGGAGUUUCAGAAGCGGCACCUGAAAGAGCUGGAGGAAAAGUUUUUGUUCCUUUUUUUGUUUUUCUCACUAGCAUUCAUUCUGUGGCCUUGAUGACUUCAGUGAGCCAAGAACUCGGGAUAGAAAAAGAGUUUAUGGAAUAAACUGAGUCCCAACGGCAACCCCACCCCCACUCAAACCAAAUUCAACAGCGAAACAAGCUAUUCA